AUGGCUAUGUUAGCGGGACCUCGACGUAAACAAAAAGUAAUAAAUUUACGAGCUAAAAACAAUGCGUGGAGCGAAGAUACAACAAAGUUUGGUCAACGAAUGUUGGAAAAAAUGGGAUGGAGUGCGGGAAAGGGGUUAGGUGCUAAAGAAAAUGGUAUUGUGGAACAUGUUGUGGCCAGAUACAAGAAUGAUGAUAGAGGAUUGGGUUUCGAGGACAGGAACGACCAGUGGACAAAACAUGAAGACGAUUUUAAUUCAUUAUUAGCUAAUUUAUCCAAUGGUGAUAGUAACAAAGAUGACAAAUUACACAGCGGAGUAUCUCUUGAAGUUAAAUCAAAGACCAGUAAAGCAAGAGUACAUUACCAUAAGUUUACAAGAGGCAAGGAUUUAACCCGCUACAGUGAAAAGGAUUUAGCUAAUAUUUUUGGUAAAAAGACCUUAAAAGGUGAAAAUAAGCCAAGCACUGAAGAAAAUGUUGAAAACAGUGCUGAAAAAGAUGAAAAAGAUGCCACACCUGUUGAUAAAGUGUUUACCGAAGGAGGUAGCAUGGAGGAUUACUUUAAAAGUAAACUGGCUGCUAUGAAAUCAAAAAACAAACUUCACAUACACAAUAAUGCUACAAAUGAUAAUGAAAACACUGAUUAUUCAUUCCGAGGGUUCUCAGGAACUAUGGAUAGAGAUGAUGAGGAAGAGACUCAUCAAGGAUUUGGUUUCCAAUCAUUUUCUUUAGCUAAUGCAGAAGAGAAUGAAGCUGUUGAUAAUGAAAAUAAUGAAAACUUGGUUGAGAGUAAAAAGAAAAAGAAAAAGAAGAGGAAACAUCAAGAUGAAGAACCAGUAGCCAAUGAGAUUGUAGAUGAUGAGAAUGUUCCAACACAACCAGAUUCCAAUGUAGAUGAAAUACAAAAGAGUAAAAAGUUCAAAAAGAAAAAGAAGAAAGAUUUUGAAGAAACUGUAGCUGAACCUGUAGAACCUGUGGAACCUGUAGCCGAACCUGUAGAACCAGUGGAAAAUGUGGAUGAACCUGUCAUAACUAAAAAAUCUAAAAAGAAAAAAAAUAUUGAUGCUACUACUGAACAUGUAGCUGAAGAUUAUGUGCCUAAAAAAAAGAAAAAGAGGAAAGAUAAGGAACAUUUUAUGAUGGUUGUUCAAGAAGAUUGUGAAAAGCCUGUAGAAGUGGCGCUGAUUCGAAGACCACUAGUGGAACCAAAAUCGUAUGUUAUUGUGAAGAAUCAUGUGCGGGAACUCAUAAAAACUAGUGAAAGUAGUUCUACUGAAAGAAAAACUGAAGAAAUAUCAUCACAAUCUUUAGAAAAUGAUAGUAAGACGAAGCGAAAAUCCAACAAUAAACAUAAAAAUACCACACAAAAUUCAAAGUCUUCAGAUGAGCAAGCCACAGCUGAAAUUAUUGAUAAAAGUGACUUAGAAGAGUUGAAAACAGUGUACAAAAAGUGCAAAGAUGUAAUACACGAAAUUGAAACUAAGUAUGGCCAUUUAUUGGACUUAAACAGUGGAGCAGGACCGAGUUCACAUAGAAAAAGAAAACUAAACUCAGAAGAAUCAACUGACAGUGAAUGUGACUGUAAAUUAAACAAGAAAAUAGUGUUUGACGAUGAUGGCAAGCAGGUUGCAGUCGACAGAGUACCAGAUAACCAUAUCUGUGCUAAAAAAGUUAAAGGAUAUAGUGAAAAGCAAACAAAAUCAAAAACCAUAGCCAUAGAGUACACAGAUAAUGAAAUAAGUCUACCAGAGACAUUACCAGAACUGGCCAGUAUGAUACAAAGCCAAGAUGUGGAAAAAACCCUUAGAAAUAAAAUUGUGAAUAAAAUGAGAAUGUUGAAACAGGAUUAUGCAAAUGAAAUAAAGUUUAAUAAACAAGCUAUUAUAGAAAAGAUUAAGGCUAAUCCUGAUGAAGUAUUAGCAUUUAAGGGCACAAAUUUAUCUACAUUGAAGGGAUAUUUAUAA